CCCUGCCGGCUCCAACACGCUGCUGUUGCAUGGGGCGCCGCCGGCGGCCGAGGGAGCGUGACUGCGCUGCGCAGGGCGCUAGGAGGCAUUGUCGCCGUACAGGCCCCCUUGUGAGCAGCAGACCGGCCUUGGGGCUGGCAGCAGGACACCCACGUCUGCAUGCUGAGGAAGAUGGGUGAGGCGGUGGCCAGAGUUGCGAGGAAGGUCAAUGAGACGGUGGAGAGCGGCUCUGACACCCUGGAUCUGGCCGAGUGCAAGCUGGUUUCUUUCCCCAUCGGCAUCUACAAGGUGUUGCGGAAUGUCACUGACCAGAUCCAACUCAUUACGCUGGCCAACAACGAGCUCAAGUCCCUCACCAGCAAGUUCAUGACCACAUUCUGUCAGCUCCGAGAGCUCCGCCUGGAAGGGAACUUCCUGCACCGCCUCCCCAAUGAGGUCAGUACCUUGCAGCACCUUAAGGCCAUCGACCUGUCUCGGAACCAGUUCCACGACUUCCCUGAGCAGCUCACCACCCUGCCUGCGCUGGAGACCAUCAAUCUGGAGGAGAACGAGAUCGUGGAUGUGCCCGUGGAGAAGCUGGCCGACAUGCCCGCCUUACGCAGCAUCAACCUCCGCUUCAACCCACUGAACGCCGAGGUGCGCGUCAUCGCCCCGCCUCUCAUCAAGUUUGACAUGCUCAUGUCUCCGGAGGGUGCACGGGCCCCUCCACCUUAGGCCUCCGUCCUCAUGCCCACCCAGCAAGGGACAGAGGCUACCUGGCCUGGCACCCUGAGGGAGGGAGUCCCAGGGACCAUG